CUGUGGGUGGACGGUGGGAACAGAGGCAGACAAAGCAACUUCAUGCUCUCCAACUGCAAUCCACUUCAAAAACAUUCUUUGCAACAGUGCAAAGACAUCACGCAAGAAUACAGCAAAGGGCAAACAAAGCUUAAUGGUCUCUCUGCUUUGCCAGAUAACACUGGUUCAUCUGUCUAGUUAUCCUCGCACCAGGGGGGUCGCUGAGUAAACACUUCCAGAACGCCUUUCCAGAACAUUUUUUAAGGAUGUCCACUCCACCUCUGCACACCGACUUAAACUUCACCACAGUCACCAUGCUGGACCAGGCUGAAGAUGAUUCCAGUCACUCACCUCAGUCUUCAACCCAGGCCAGGCAGCAGCCUGGUGGGCAUAAGAAGCUUUCUCGCAGCCUCUCCAAGUCAGACUCAGACUUACUGUUUCCCAUUAAGGAGGAUGUAGCUCUGGGUAAACACACCAAAUCAAUAACCAAGGGCAGGACAAAAAGGACACAAACAGAUCAGCUGUCAUCACUCACCACUGAUUGGGAAGAGAUUGAGAAGAUCAUGACAAUAAUUGACAGGAGCAUUGAACUCUCCAAGGAUCAUCAAUUAAAAGAUACCGCAGGAAGCCGGGUGCUGGAGCAAUCGGUGGGGGAGUGGUUGGAACACGUGGGCUUUCCUCAGUAUGAGAGUAAGCUGCUACUAAAUGGAUUUGAUGACCUGCGCUUCAUGGGCAGUAAUGUAAUGGAAGAUGAAGACCUUAGAGAAAUUGGCAUCACAGACCCAGGUCAUAGGAAGAAAAUUCUUCAUGCAGCAAAGAGUCUACCAAAGGUGAAAGCUCUUGGUUGUGAUGGGAGUACUUCGUUGGCCUCCUGGCUGGACAAUCUAGGUCUUGGGGAGUAUCUGCACAACUUUCUAUCCAGUGGCUAUCGCACACUUGAGUGUGUGAAGAAUCUGUGGGAGUUGGAAAUAGUCAAUGUGUUAAAAAUUGGCCUUCUUGGCCAUAGAAAGAGAAUAAUUGCUUCUAUAGCAGAGCGGCCCUAUGAGGAAGCACCUUCAAAGUCCAACAACUCCUCCCAAUUUAAGAUUCAAGAUCUUUUAUCUCAAAAUCUGGCGCCUCUCGGUUACACGGACCCUUAUACGAGUCGCUCUAUGGACACGUUACUGCCAUUGGGGGAUUAUGGAAGGAGAGGCAGAGGGGCAGAUCAGGAAUGCAGCGUCUCACUCCGCUCAUAUAGUGAGAGGUCACGCUCACAUGACCGGCAUACAGAUCGUCACAAGGAAUCUCGACGAACCCCAAGCCAGACUGCAUACACCACUGUUUCCACGUGGCACCACCAUCCUGAGAAGCUCAUCACAGAGGCUUGUUGCUAUGAAGCUAGUUAUCUUGGGUCUGUGAUAAUCAGAGAUCUCAGAGGUAUUGAAUCUACGCAAGAAGCCUGUUCAAGAAUACGGAAAUCAAAAGACCACCGGAAAGGUCCUGUGAUAAUCCUUUCCAUCACUUAUAAAGGGGUCAAGUUCAUAGACGCAGCCUCUAAGGGUAUCGUGGCGGAACAUGAGAUCCAGAACAUCUCCUGUGCGGCUCAAGAUCCUGAUGAACUUCGCGCUUUUGCCUAUAUCACAAAAGAUCUAAAGUCGGGGCACCACUUCUGCCAUGUUUUCACCACAGUUGAAGUGACACAAACCUAUGAGAUCAUCUUGACUCUGGGACAAGCAUUUGAAGUGGCCUAUCAAGUUGCUCUUCAGGCACAGAAGGCCCGACGUCACAGUACCUACAGUGGUGCGAACUUGGAGAUCGUUGAAACCAAGAGCAGCAGGCCGGUGUCAUCUCGCAACAGCACGCGCCGAUCAGUGGGUGCACCAGUAACGGAAUGCCACUGCUGCUACUGUCACACCUGUUCUGCCCACCGUCCCUCCUACCUCCCGCUGCCCUCUGUCAGCCCUGGAGUUCAGAUGGAGCCCAUCGAGCAGGAGACAGAUGUGCAGUCCUUGGGCAGCAGCUGGCACUAUGACCCUCGUGACUCCUCCAGGCCGGCCUGCGGUGCCAAGUAUGAGACCACCAUAUUCUGAAGCGGGGACAACAGUCCUAACCAGCUGCCCUGUUAAGCCACUUGCCCCCUGAGAGAACUGUAGUGCCCUGUGCCUUCUCACUGUGAAUUGUAGCCUCCCUCAGGGCAAGAUCUGCUCCCUGAUCUCUCUCUAUCUCUUUCUUUCUCUCUCUCUCUUUUUCUCUUUCUGUCCCCACAACUCAUCUGUGUAGUUUUCUCAAAGAGCCAUCUGCCAUCUUCUGCAUUUUAAAAAUUUUGUCUAGACAUCCUGGACACUCCUCUGCAGCUGUCCCUCUUUAAAGAAUUCCUUUCAGUCUGAUAGUCUAUGUAGUUCUGACUUUUCAGACUAUUUUUUCUAUUAAAAGGCUGAACGUUAACAGUCCUCUCAUAUCAAAGGAUUUUGCCUCUGUGAAGCCUUGAGCACAAACUGAAGCGUAGCUGGUUAUCAAGUCUUGUAGUUGAGAUGCCUAUACCUUUUAGAUAUAUUUUGGCUUUUUCUUUGACAGACACGAAUCAGUGAAAGCUAGCAACAUGAAAUUUCUGUUUGGAACAGCAUUACUGUCCGUGCCAGUUUCAAACAUAAUUACAAACAUACAGUUCAUCGCCACUGUAGAUGCAAACAUGUAAGAAAUUCCUCACAGUAUGCGCACUAUAUCCGUCUCCACCUCCACUAAUGAUUAUUUCUAGCUUGCCCUAUAUUUCUGCCGCGCUCAGUGCACAGUUCACUGUUCACAACUCGCUCUCCGUGCUUCCUUUGUCCAACUAGAAAACAUACAAGUGUCAACACAUGUUCAGUUGCAGUUUUGCAUAAAACAUAGCUUGGGAUAUGAAAUGCAAUAAUAAAGAUGGAAACAGGUCAGAGGCCUUAGAAAGUUCAAUUGCACAGCACAAAUAUGAGGCCCGAUUCCCCAGUUAUGGUCCUCUUUUGUAAUAUGUAUAUAUAAAUUAUGAUGUUGUUGUUGGUUGCAUUAAUAAUCAUUGUUCUUCCUUCUUACUUUAGCAUAUGUGUGGCACUACCAGGGCUAUGACUAAGUGUGAUUAAUCGCAGCAUGAAUCUGAAUGACUUACGGUUUGAAACCCUUAAAAGUUUUGUAUUUGUAUUCGUACACUGUAAAAUCAUUUAGUAAAUACAACAUUUGUGCAUAUGUGUUCAUGCUUUUUUUUAAAUUGUCGCUUGUUUUGUCAGUGUUGACGCAAUCUGGUUGGUGGAACCAAAAAAAAAAAUGUAUUUCAGAAUUUAGUAAUUGGGGUAAACUUCAGCUUAAUCAUGAAAUAUCUACGACACAAAGAUUAAGAAAUGAAAC